UACGUACUUCAUAACCACGCGACCAGGGUCGGCGGCCGGGUAUCUCCACGUGAAUCCGGUGAACCCUGGGCCCCGGAGCUAUGGAGGCUUCGGAACCUAUGGAGGACCCUGAGCUCGGGGAGGAAAGCCCGACCCCGGCGCCCCAGAAGCGCUUCUACCGACAACGAGCUCACUCCAACCCCAUGGCCGACCACACGCUGCGCUACCCUGUGAAGCCAGAGGACAUGGACUGGUCUGAGCUCUACCCCAAGUUCUUUGCCCCACUGACCCACAACCAGAACCAUGAUGACCCAAAGGAUGAGAAAGAAGAGGGAACUCAGGCCCAAGUGGAAUUUGCAGACAUAGGCUGUGGCUAUGGUGGUUUGUUAGUGGAACUAUCCCCGAUGUUCCCAAACACACUGAUCCUUGGCCUAGAGAUCCGGGUAAAGGUCUCAGAUUAUGUUCAAGAUAGGAUCCGAGCCCUUCGAUCCACUUCUGGGGGUGGCUUCCAGAACAUCGCCUGUCUUCGUAGCAAUGCCAUGAAGCAUCUCCCCAACUUUUUCCACAAAGGACAGUUGACAAAGAUGUUCUUCCUCUUCCCUGACCCACACUUCAAAAGGACCAAACACAAGUGGCGAAUCAUCAGCCCCAUGCUGCUGGCAGAAUAUGCCUACGUGCUGAGAAUUGGGGGGCUGGUGUACACCAUCACCGAUGUGAUGGAUCUGCACAGCUGGAUCUGUACUCACUUUGAAGAACAUCCCUUGUUUGAGCGAGUGCCCCAAGAGGAAUUGGUUGAUGACCCCAUUGUGGGACACCUUGGCACUUCAACUGAAGAGGGAAAGAAGGUUCUUCGGAAUGGGGGAAAGAACUUCCCAGCUAUCUUCCGGAGAAUUCAGGACACUGUUGUCUAACUGACUGCCCCUGGCUUCACUGGCCUCUCCUGGGAGGAGAGAUGAGGCUCUUUGAGGUGGGGGUGGGUAUCUCUGUGUGGCACCAUUUCUGCUCCGGGUCUGAGAGACCUGGAGGCUGCAGGGAGAAGGGACCCAGAUGUUCUGAACAGCCUCCUUGACUCCUUGAUUGUUCUUCGGUCCAUUUUUCACCAGGAAGCAGAUGGAAUUAAGACUGCUCAAGCCUAAAAUGUGUUGGAAAGUGUUCCUGAGAGCCUCAUUCCCUGGUGCCCCCUUCAGCCAGGAUCUGCUCUGUGUAGCUGGAAUAAGAAAAUGCAUUGUAUUACCAGCUGAACUGUCUGCUGGGCUCCCA